AUGGACGAAGACGGGGAAGGGCCACGGUCCGGGGUAGCCACGAUCCGCUGGUUGCGUUCAGAGUUUGUGGCCGCGGCGCGCAAGCAGGCGCGACCGGGCACUGCUCGAUUGUUGGCGAUCGAUGUCAGCCAGAUUCCGACGAUCCCUGCCAAGCUGCCGGAUGUGGAUGCACGCGUGGCGAGAGAUGAUUUUGAAGACGUGAGUGGCUCGGGGGUGCUGCGGGCCUAUGAGCAGUCUCACCUCGCGCGGCCAGGCGACAAACUCAAUCGGCGUGUCCGCUUGAUGGAUAAACAACUUCAGGCGCUGACCUGGUUGGAGCAACUCAUCGCGCAGCGCCCGCAACCGGGCGACGGGUGUGGGGCAUGGUUCAGCGAUCGGCUCGAUCGCCAACUGGGCGCGGCAGGCAUCUUCACCCUGGCGCAACUGGCCGAACACAUCAACGGCCUGGGUCGGCACUGGUAUCGCUCGAUUAAGAGCAUCGGGCCAACGAAAGCAAAAAGGAUUGAGGCGUGGCUACGCGAGCACGGCACCGAAUUGCGUUUGACCCUGGGUCAACACGUGACGGUGGCGCGAUCCCCCCUGCGCCCGUUAGAAAAGUUUAUCGUGCCGGUUGAGCUGGAUGGCAGCCAGGGCGCGUAUCGGCAACCCCAGUCGCGAUGCCUGAUGCGGGCGCGCAAUGAUUACGAUGCGAUCCUGGCCUGGUUGCAAGCCAAGCCGGCGAUGUCGCCCGAAGCCCAAGAAGCAAAACGCCGUCGGCGGGGUAGGGCGGCGCCGGCCACCCAAGCUGCUCAAGUGGGCGGAUUCGUGGCGCCGGACGCUUGGUUGUCGAUGCUGUCACACACCCAACGCGCCUACCGGAAGGAGGCCGAGCGGUUCUUGCUCUGGGCGAUUCUGGAGCGGGGCAAGCCGCUGUCCUCGAUGACGACGGAGGACUGCACCGCGUACCGGGAUUUCCUGGCAAACCCACCCCUUGACUGGUGCGGCCCGAGAGGGCGGGAACGAUGGUCGCCGCUGUGGCGACCUUUUGAAGGCCCGCUGUCGGUGAGUGCCAGGCGCCACGCCACCACCAUCCUGAAAAACCUCUACGGUUUUCUGACGGCGCAGAACUACCUGAUGGGUAACCCGUGGUCGGGCGUGGCGAUGCCGCGUGCCAAUGGGCGCCGGUUGGAUACCUCACGCAGUUUUACUGAAACUCAGUGGCUGUUCAUCCUCAAGCAGUUUGAGGAUUGGGACCAAGCACGCCCAAUUGGAGUCGAGCAACCGGAGAGUGAGUUGCGGCUGCUCUUUAUCCUCAAUUUUUUGUAUACGACCGGGUUGCGACUAAGCGAAGCGGUGCACGCGCGGGUGAGUGAUCUCCGCUGGGUGGAGUAUCCGCCUGGCCAGGGACAGCACAAACCGACCGAGGGUUGGGAGCUCACGGUCGAUGGGAAGGGCGGCAAGCUGCGCGAGGUAAUUGUGCCCACGGCCAUCGUUGAACUCUUGAAGCUUUACCUAAAAAGGCGGGGGCUGGGCAGUGACCCUGGUGAAGCAGCCCGCCGUUUAUUGGGGCAGGGUGCAAACCCCGACCCCACGGCGGGGCUAGCCGAGUCCACACUGUACUCACUGCUGAAGCAUUUCUUUAAGCACUGCGCGGGUAAGUUGAUCGUUUCAGAUGCAAAAGAAGCAGAGCGUUUUCGGCGCGCCAGUACCCACUGGCUUCGGCACGCCCACGCCAGUCAUGGGAUCGCAAAAGGGGUUCCGUUGGAAGUGAUGCAGGCCAAUCUUGGCCAUGCUUCGCUGGCGACAACAACGGUGUAUGUGACGACUGAAAAGGCGCGCCGUAUGCGGGCGAUGCAACGGGCUUGGCGGUAA